AUGGCUACACUAUUUGGAAAGACGUUGUCUCAGGUUCAUCCGAAGCUUCGAACAAAUGGUAUUGGUAUUGCAACUAACCAUAGACGCAUUUCGCUAGGGUUCGAUUUAGUGAGCAGAGACAAGAAGAAUCCGUUAUUACGGAAGUAUUUAAGGAAACGCAGACAUCGUGGGUUGAGGCGAGGGUUGCAUCCAGAUGAGCAAGGUAGUUAUCACACUUUGGAUGAGGAUUUUGGAAGCAGUGUUAGAGAACCGUCUGUUUACGACGAUUUAGACGAAGUUUUGGAAGAUAUAGAUGAGUACGAUGAGGACGGAGAACCCUUAAGUCGGACGGUGUCAUUGCCCUCGAGGGUAUCAGAACCAAGCAACGUAUCACAACAAAAUCUUGAUUGGCUCUUAGAGGAGCACGAGAGAAGGUUCUCAUCAUCGCAGAACAGUGAGAACGACGAAGAUGAGGACCUUGAGAAUGGGACCUCAGAACAAGCGGAUGUAAUAGCAUAUGACGACUUUAUGCACCGGGUCAGACAGCAAUUGCAACAAGACUUCCAUGAUAGAGCAUAUGCAGGUGGUGCUGGCGGUAGUGGUGCAGGCGGUCCCAACAGGAGACGUGGGUCGCUAAUAUCAGUAACUAGUCGAGGUUCAGUACCGCAGGUAUUUCAAGAUGUGGGCAGCAUGAAAGAAGAAGAUUUAAGCCAUGCUAAAGUAACCGCAAAUAGUGAACUCAAAGUGUUGGCAUCGUAUUCAAUCCCAUUGAUUUUCACUUUCUUAUUGGAACAGAUGUUCCCCGUGGUAUGCUCGUUAACGGUGGGUCAUUUGGGGAGGACAGAAUUGGCAGCGGUCUCUUUGGCUUCAAUGACCACAAACAUUACGUAUGCUAUCUUUGAAGGUAUAGCCACGAGUUUGGAUACACUAUGUCCAUUAGCCUACGGAUCUGGGAAUUAUUACAGUGUUGGUGUUCACAUGCAGCGCUGUAUCAUGUUUUCAUUUACAGUAUUCAUACCGUUCGGAUUUAUAUGGUGGUGGUCUGAAACAUUGUUGACCUUAGUAAUGCCGCAUGAACCAGAAUUAAUCCAUAUGACCGCGAAAUUCCUUCGAGUCAGUAUACUCGGUGCUCCGGCCUACAUCAUAUUCGAAAGUUUAAAGCGGUUCUUACAAGCACAAGGUAUCUUUGAUGCAGGGAUCUACGUUUUAAUGAUAUGUGCUCCUUGGAACAUGUUUGUUAGUUACACUUUGGUGUGGAAUGAAAGAAUAGGUAUGGGAUUUAUCGGAGCACCUAUUGCUGUUGUACUCAAUUUUUGGACUAUGGUCACCUUGCUAUCGUUAUAUGCUAUAUACGUGGACGGAUACAAAUGUUGGGGUGGGUUUAACUCCAAGAGUUUAAAACAUUGGAAAGCUUUGUCAGAACUUGCUGUUCCCGGUAUCGUGAUGUUAGAAGCAGAAGAUCUAUCCUAUGAGAUUUUAACCCUAUUCAGUUCUUAUUUUGGUACUCCAUACUUGGCCGCCCAAUCCGCUGUUUCCACCACGGCAGCGUUAUUGUACAUGAUCCCAUUCUCUGUCGGUAUCUCAUCAAGUACACGAAUUGGAAAUUUCAUUGGAUGUAGAAGACCCAACUGUGCCAAAUUGAGUGCUGAACUCGGUAUAGGGUCUAGUUUAUUCGUUGGACUGCUAAACUGUUUGAUAAUCAACGUGGACAAGAGGAGCAUAGCAAAUAUCUAUACAAAGGACGAAGAAGUCAUCCAGUUAAUGUGUCAACUGUUACCGUUGGUCGGUAUAGUGGAGAUAUUCGACUCUUUGAAUGCGAUCAGUGGAUCAUGUUUACGUGGUCUUGGACUACAGUACAUCGGAAGCAUAGUGAACCUUGUUGUGUACCAUCUGGUAGCCAUCCCAUUGGGAAUUUUCUUGGCAUGGUACAUGGACAUGAAAUUGAAUGGGCUAUGGAUCGGUAUCGGUGUUGGAAUGUUAAUUAUAGGAUUAGUGCAAAGUUAUUACGUGAUUUUUGCAGACUGGAACGACGUCAUGGAAAGAGCAGAGAAGAGACGGGAUCAUGAUCGGGAUGCAGACUCAGAUACAGAUUCGCUAGAAUCUGUAUCCUCAGUAGAAGCUUAUUCAGACUCAGAAUCAGACUCAGAAUCCAGUCCACUGCUAUUACGCUAG